AUGUCUAAGAUGAAAAUAUGUCGAGCUCGCAGAAAAUUCUUAGGCGAAGGUUUGGGGACUUUUUCUAUUGAUGAACUACAAAGGAUAGAGCAACAGUUGGAGAGGAGUAUAACCAAAAUUCGAGUUAAAAAGGCUGAGGUUUUCAAGGAACAGAUGGAUCAGCUUAAAGAAAAGGAAAAAACCCUAGUUGCUGAAAGUACCAGACUCUCUGAGAAGAUAAUGAAAAUCCAAAUUCUGCUGCAGUAUGAUAGUUAUUCAUCACAGCAAGCAAAUAAUGAUGAUCGAGAAAAUGUAGUUGAGGUUGAAGCUUAUGCAGAUCAAAGUAGUCCAAGUUCAUACGUGGAGACUGAAUUAUUCAUUGGUCUUCCAGAAACAAGAACAAAAGAAUUUCUCCAAACUUGA